GAUGACAAGCCUCCAUAUCAUCAUUGGUUUUGGACUCCUCGGACUCUGCUCAAGCGGAUCCCCAUUUCCAAUAAAGAAAAACAGUACAAGUAAAUGGAACUGGGCUCAUGAUGGUAUAACUAAUAACGGGGUCCUUGAGUUGCUUGGUGACGGGGCUGUAAAGUUUAACAAUGGUAGAAGACAGGGUAGUUGGGGACUCAGAGACUGUGGCAGAAUCCUUGGUACCACCUUUUACGGUCGUUAUCAUGAGCUGAGGUACGAAGAUGGGAUAGCGACCCUGGUAAUCCCCAAGAGAUCCCCUCCCAGCAUUAUGACACUGAUAUCAGCAAAUGGAGGGGCUGAUUGUGAUGGAGACGAUUCUGAAUCUCAAGACUGUAAUGCUGACCCUUGCCCCGUUGACGGAGGAUGGUCUGACUUUUCGGAUUGGUCUGAGUGCUCUGCUGCAUGCGGAGGAGGAUCUCAAAGUAGAAGCAAAAGUUGUUCCAACCCUGCUCCAGCAGAUGGAGGGGCCGAUUGUGAUGGAGAUGAUUCAGAAUCCCAAGACUGCAACACUGAUCCCUGUCUAGCUAUUGGAGGACAGAGGUACAUUCUGGCCAGACCAUUGGCAGUAGGUGAUAUCAUCGAAGCUUGGGGGAUCUUCAAAGAUAUUACUACGGUCAAAUUCAACGUGAACAUUCUUGGUGACGAAAUCAACCUACUUCAUGUGGACUUUAGACCUUACAUUGACACAAUCGUUCUGAACAACAACGUCAACGGGGCUUGGCAGAGAAACAUCAGGCCUGCGUUCAGCAGGGAUAAUUUCGGAGCUGAUGAGAUGUUUAAGGUUACGAUUGAGGUCCUAGAUGCGGAAUACAAAAUAUCCUUCAAUGAUGAAGAGAUCGCUGCUAGAUUCCCUCAACGAGAUGACAUUUCUUUGGCUACUGCUGUGGCUCUCAUUGGCGGCAGUAACGGUUUCCAAUGGACAAACCUCAACUUGCCCAAAGCACUGGAGGCGGUUGCAGUUUAAGUGGUUAAGCCUGACCAGAUGACCUAAAGAUUGGUAUUUAAAGGAUAAUGUGUAUGAUACUGAGAACUACUUCCUUUAACAGACUGUUCUUUUUUAUUGGCUGAAGCCGAUCUUUAUAAUCAUCAAAAAUAAAAUGCAAAUUUUCUGGUUUUCAAUUAUAAAAGCAAGUUAUUGUUUGGAAUUCAACUUUUUGAACUUUGAUUAUUGUGCAAUUUCGGAACAGAUUUCGGUUAUUUCAUUUUAUUUUUCUGUUCCGCCAA